AGCGUCGAGAGCGAAGUUGCGCCGCCCGCCCCGGAGGUUAGCAGAUAAAAGCCCUGAAAGUGAUUGGAAGUGAUGGUGAAAAGGAUUUAGCCUAGGCAUUAAGAGAGAGAGAGAAGGGUUUGUGAGUACAUAAGAGGGAGAGAAGGGUAAGUGAGUACAUAAGAGAGAGAGAGAAGGGGAGAGAGAGAGGGACAGGGAGUAGACGAGAGAGAUUUUCCACCAAUGUUUUUUUUCUGCCCUUGAGCAUCCCGAGUAAACCCGAGCUUGUAAAGUGGGAGGAGAAGAAACGGGAACCACUAGCCCUCCCUCAAAGUCAAUAUUUUCACUUUUGAUUCUCCUUCAAGCUGGAAAUCACGCUAUUUUUCACCAACCGCCCGUUUCCAGAUCUCGGACACCGUUCUACUCUGUGCAGCCUUCCGCGGUGUAGUAAAAAAGUUACCCGCUGGAGAAGACCAACAAGGAGACCAGACCAGAGAACAGGAGUGGAGUACAGUAGCCUACACCUCGACAGGAGCCCGGUAGUGUAGAUGGAGCCGUGCAAGGCUCACGGCAGAGAGGCGGUCGUAUAAAGGGACAGAGAAGCUCUCCCGGAUCAGAUGAAUGUUCUAAGACAAUCACUGAGGCUCCGGGCCGCUGCAUCACGACCUGAUGGCUGUAUCUAAGGACGUAGUCCACUCUCCCUUAUCAUCCCAGCUCUCACCUCUCCCAGGCGAAAAGGACCUCUGAAGUAUGGAUUUGUUCUGCUGAUUCUCCAACCACCACCCCCACCACCGCAAACGCAGCACUGGCGCCACUAUGGUUGAAGUAGAUGUUAAGUUUCUCUGACUUCCGACGCCCCCCUGCUCUAUUAUUUGUGACUUUUCCAUAUCCGACAUCGAAACAAGUUAGUGUAAUUUCCUAAAGGAGCUGUGAUUAUUUGUUGAACGGCUGUAAAUUAACUCGAACACUUUUAUUUCUCUUGCGUUUUGUAUUUUUUCCAUCAUCCCCCAAACGUCCCCUUAAGCUCAGGUGCAGACGCAUCUUGGUGACAACGAAGUUACUUACUGUGUCCGUAUGAUCCUCAGUCGAGUUCCAUGCUCUUCGCCUCAACUCUGACUACUGUGGCCCCCCUCGCCCUUUUCCGCCAGACCCCACUCGUCCUCGUGCCAUGCUCCGCCAGGCCGUGUUGCUCCUCCUGCACUGCUUUGCCUCCUUGACGCUGGGCCAGUACGACCUGUGCAAGUCCCUGGUGAGCACGGACGAUGGCGCAGUGUGGGAGCAGUAUGCAUGCCAGCCCAAGGCCCAGUCCAUGAAGGACUACAUGCGGGUGAAGGUGGACCCGCCGGGCAUCACCUGCGGCAACCCGCCCGAGAGAUUCUGCACUCUGGAGAACCCGUACCUGUGCAGUGACGAGUGUGACGCCUCCAACCCGGACCUGGCCCACCCUCCUCAGCUGAUGCAGGACCGCGAGCACACCGGCCGCAUCACCUACUGGCAGACAGUCACAUGGGCCCGUUAUCCAGAACCCCUCUUGGCCAACAUCUCCCUAGCCUGGAACAAAAGCCUGGAGCUGACGGACGACAUCGCCAUUACCUUUGAGUACGGCCGCCCCACCGUAAUGGUGCUGGACAAGUCCAUGGAUCACGGCCGCACCUGGCAGCCCUACCAGUUCUACGCUGACGAUUGUCUCGAGUCCUUUAACAUGGCACCAAAGCGUGUCCCCGACCUAUCGCCUGCAAAUAUUACCCUUGUCAUCUGCACCGAGCAGUUCUCACGCUGGGUGGGAUCGAAGAACGAUAAGAACGUAAAGUUCGAGGUUCGGGAGCGUUUGGCAGUGUUCGCCGGGCCGAGGUUGCUCAACAUGGACAGCUUGUACACCCGUAUGGAGAGUAUGAAGGGCUUGAGGGAAUUCUUUACCUUCACUAACCUCAGGCUGAGGCUGCUUAGACCGGCCCUGGGGGGAACCUACAUGCAGAGGGACAACCUGCUCAAGUACUUUUACGCCAUCUCCAACAUCAAGGUGCCCGCAAGGUGUAAGUGUAACCUGCAUUCGUCGCUGUGCCUGCUGCAAGAGGGGAACCUCCAGUGUCAGUGUGAACACAACACCACGGGACAGGACUGUCAGCGCUGCAAGAAGGGCUUCAAGGCCAAGUCUUGGAAAGCUGGCUCCUACCUGCCCACACCCAACGGAUCUCCCAACACCUGUGCAAUCGCUGGUGCCCCCACAGGUGGUGGUUCUAACUGUGAGUGCUACGGCCACUCGAACCGCUGCAGCUACAUAGACUACCUGAACAUCGUAACGUGUGUCAGCUGCAAGCACAAUACAAGAGGACAGAACUGCCAGCACUGCAGACUGGGCUACUUCAGAAAUAACUCAGCUGAACUGGAUGAUGAGGGUGUCUGCAUCGAGUGUAACUGUAACCAGAUGGGUUCUGUCCAUGACCGGUGUAAUGGGACAGGCUUCUGCCAGUGUAAAGAUGGCACCACGGGGCCCAAGUGUGACGACUGUUUCCCUGGGUACUACUGGAAACAAGGCUGCUACUCUAAUGUGUGUGACGAGGAGCUGCUCCUGUGCCAGAAUGGUGGGACGUGCUCCCAGAACCAGAAGUGUAUCUGUCCUCCAGAGUUUAAGGGUGUGCUGUGCCAACAAUCCCGCUGCGAGGGGGGCAAGGCCUGUAACACCGCCUCCACCCUCCACCUCCUGGCCCUCGUCCCCCUACUGCUCUGCGUCCUACUACCACACCUUUUGGCCACAUUAACUGCACACUGAGUCACCUGCUGCCUCCUCAAAUACAGGGGUAACUGUUGUGUGUGUGGGCAAUCCCAGAGAGGGAAGAGUGGGAAAGGCCUGCUAGCUGGCCAAGGACCCUAUGAGCACACACAAACAUCACAAGACUGUUACUGACUCGUUGUGAGACUUCAGAGGAAGACUGAGGAAAAUCAAGACAACCAACCCACUGUCUCUCCCUUUAUACGAGAGACCUGGAGAAAUCGCAUACCAAAAAGCAUUAUUAUUACUAUUAAACGAGCAAAUGAGAACACUUUAAAUCAUUACUGUUCACUAUGAAGACGAAGGGAGGGAGGAAAUGGCUGAUGUAAAACAAUGACGUUUCCUUUGUCUUUAUUGAUUUGAGUUAAUGCACCCCACUUCUCUUGAGACACUGCACUUACUGCUGCGGAAAGAAAGACAGGGAUUGUUUGACUAGACAUGAGCGGGGAGCUAGAGGAAGGGGGAGGGCUAGGUCGUGAUUCGCUGCUUAGAAUAUUAACCAGGUUCCACGACUUCGACUCGAAAACAGACUUGUUUUUACAUUUUUCUGCUGCUGUUUUUUAUUUCAGCAUCUUUUUCUGUCAUUAAUUAAUUAAUUAAUCUCAUGUGCCCACCGACAGACUGAGAUGAUACAUUUAAUUAUUACAAUAUCCAGAGGUUUAUCAAUAUUAAGAGUUUAGUCACUAUUACGGUCGUUAUAGGAAUGAGUGUUGCCACCGUUUAGCAAGAUUUAAUCUUCACACAGUAUUCAGGAAUAAAACAAUCUAACUUACCAACAGUCUAAAAAGAUAGAGAAAGCGGGAGAAAGUAUCAAUAUUAUAAGUCAUUAUUUGAAUAUUUUUUGUGGAGAUUCUUUUUGUUUAGUUAUAAUACAUGAACUAUUCCAGAGGAGCAUUUUAUUACACUGUAAGCUUUACAGUAAAUGUGAAUUAUUUACCUGUG